GCCUUAUCCUCCUCCUCCUCGCCGCAAAACCAACGACCAGUCACUCACGCACGCACGCACGCACGCACGCGCGCGAAAUCCGCCGCCGGCGGCUCCCCAGAUGCGCGCCCCUCCCCUGCUGGCGCCGCCCACGCCGCAGCCGGCGCGUCCUCCUCACCGUCCACCGCACACGAAGGACGGUAGUCGCCCCCUGUUCUUCUCGCCGAGAAGGCGGCCGCUUGUCGCCGUCGUGCGGUCCAAGGGCAGGGAGGACGCCAGCUUCACCGAUCGCAUCCUCGACUACAUCGAGGGUGGUCCAAAGUUGAGGAAGUGGUAUGGAGCACCCGAUUUGCUUCCCAAGGAUGGGGGUGCCGAGGGCGAGGAGGAUGAGUCUUCAGAUAUCGAGGAGCCUCGAGAUGCCGUGCUAGUUACCAAUGGCGAGAGUGAGAUUGGACAGAUGGUGAUAUUGUCACUAAUUCUGAAAAGGGCCAGAAUAAAAGCAUUAGUGAAGGACAAACGAUCAACUGAAGAAGCUUUUGGAACUUAUGUAGAGUGCAUGGUUGGCAACAUCGAAGAUAAGUCCUUCACAAAGAAAACAUUGAGGGGUGUUCGUGCUGUAAUUUGUCCAACCGACGAUGGCUUCUUUUCUGACCAGAUUGACCUCAAAGGUGUCGAACACAUUGUCCUGCUAUCCCAGCUAUCUGUUUACAGAAAUAGCGGUGGGCUCCAAGCUAUUAUGAACAGCAAGCUAAGGAAGCUAGCCGAGCGAGACGAAGAGGUUGUUCUUGCAUCUGGCAUCCCAUCGACGAUAAUCAGGAGUGCUUCUCUGGAGACCACUCCGGGUGGUGAGAAGGGGUUCAGUUUUACAGAGGGUAUAGCAGCCAAGGGGAAAAUAAGCAGAGAGGAUGCUGCUACAAUUUGUGUGGAGGCCCUGGAUGCCAUUCCCCAGACAACACUCAUAUUCGAGGUGGCAAAUGGCGAUGAAAACGUUACAGACUGGAAAACAUGGUUUGCUGAACGGAUGGCAAAGGGCUAAAGCAAAGACACAUGAUUGGAACACACGUUUAUCUUCUUUGUUGAUGUAUAGAAUAUAUGAAUAUAGGAGAAGGAUCGAAAAGGAAAGAGAUUCAACAUUUCCGCAUCAGAGUCACUGCCCCCCAUGACAAUCUUAUCACAGAUCUGAACAACAUGUGUGGAUUUCCAUCCACUAGUCUUCUGGGAAGUCUUGCAUCAGUUCUAAAGCUGACGUGCAGUGAUCCAGUUAUUUACAGGUUCAUGAACACAAGCAACAUCGAUAUUUCUUUCUUACAUUUUUUUAUGUUUUUCUAAUCUACAUUUGCAACAUACACGGCGCAACAACUGCUAAACUCAUUCUUUUGCCAUGGCAAUUAACUGUAAAUAUCAUCG